AUGGCGGCGCCUUUGGGCCAGGAGUGCCUGCCCGAACACUGGACGUAUGGCGUGUGCGGGGACGGCAGGGUCUUCUUCAUCAACGAUCAUACGCGGGAGACCACCUGGCUGCACCCCCGCUCCGCCGAACCGGUCAACUCGGGACAUAUGAUCCGCUCAGACUUGCCCAAGGGAUGGGAGGAAGGCUUCACGGACGAAGGAGCGAGCUACUUUAUCGAUCAUAACCUGAGAAGCACCACCUUUUGUCAUCCCAUGACCGGGCAGAUUUCUCCAGAGAACGUGGAUUUUAUGCUGCAAGAACAGCUGCCGUGUCCUCGUGUAAUGUCCCAACCUGGCAUCGAGCAGCUCUCCAGCACCACCGUUAGCGAGGUCUCAACUGCUACCACCUCCUCCACAGUGGAUGCUCCCUCCACCUCCAAGGGUUCUCGCUCCAGUGGAAGCAGGGUGCACAGUUUCGGCAAGCGAGAUCAAGCUAUUAAGAGGAACCCAAAUGUGCCUGUUGUGGUCCGAGGAUGGCUGUACAAACAGGACAGCUCUGGGAUGCGUCUAUGGAAGAGAAAGUGGUUCGUCUUGGCCGAUUUUUGCCUCUUCUACUAUAAAGACAGCAGAGAGGAGGCAGUCCUGGGCAGCAUUCCGCUUCCCAGCUAUGUCAUUUCACCCGUGGGACCGGAGGACCAUAUCAGCCGCAAGUAUGCCUUCAAGGCCGGCCACACGGGCAUGCGCUCGUACAUUUACAAACGCAGCUCUGUGAUUGGCUCUCAGGCGGAGCACACUGGCAUGAGGACUUACUACUUCAGCGCCGACACGCAGGAAGAUAUGAACACCUGGUUGAGGGCCAUGAACCAGGCCGCCAACAUCAACGGCCCAAUCCACUCUGGUGGCAGGUCAGAGCGCACACAUGCACACACAUUGACACACACACACUGUACCUUCACGCAUACCAAUCAUGUCAACAACCACAAGGCUCCAGAACCCCAAAAACCCGUAUUGCAUGAGGUUCUGCUUGAGCCCAUCGAUCAAGACCUGGACGAUCGCUGCAGCUUCCACAAAGUCUCUCCUGUCUCCGUGGAGAUGGACACCCAAGCAUCCCUGCCUGCCAAUCCCACGUCCACGGCUCUCCAGCCACCGGAAAACGCGUCCUCGUCGGCGCCUGAGUCUAGGGUACCGUCUCGAGCUCCUUCGCGGUCUGCCUCCACGCUUCCCCCGGGUGCCACCUCCAGGAAUGGCCUGGUUGAGACCCCUAGCCCUAUUUUAGAGCCCAACGGGAUCGCGGCGGGGACUUACCAGAGGGUCCCGGAAGCUCAUCAGGAGAUGAGGAGGAGGAGUACUCUGGAACAGGUGGAGCAGUGGGUCAAGGUGCAAAAAGCUGAGCAGAAAGGUCCUCCGUCCCGAGACAACACCCUCCCCCGCCGAACGCCACCCUCCCAGCCCAAGUUUAGUACUCUGGACAAACACCAGACCCUGCCAAAGACCCCCUGCCACAGUCCUUCUUUGGCACGCCUCGGCGAGUACAAGUACGCGCAGGACCGCCUGAGCCAUUUCCGCCUCACCCCGGAGUUGGGCGGUUCGGGUUCCAACACCGUCUUGCAACUGUACGAGUGGCAGCAGCGCCAACAGUACCGCCUCGGUAGCCCCACGGCACCAGUGUACACGCCCGCGCCGGAAUACCCUUUUGGUGCCAGGCCGCCAUCUACUGUUCCUCCAUCCACCAAACACAACGGGCCGCCACGCUGCGUGUCUGUACCACCUUCGCCCGCGGAUAUUCCGCCUCCCGGGCCUCCACCGGGCACCAUCAAGACCUUGUCGCCCUCUCGCCGGCCACACACACCAGUUGACCGUGUAACAGUAAGACCGGUGGCUGAUGUGUCAAUGGUGGACUCUCCGUUUGCCAUUUCACCUCGCAGGACCAAGUCGCAGGUGUUCAAGGCGUCCACCAUCGAGAGGCGCUCUUUGCCUCCAUCCAACUACAUCACUCACACGGUCAGUGCACCCAGUCUCCACGGGAAAACGCCCGAUGAGCUGACCCUGCUACUCAUUCAGCUGCGCCGCCAGCAGGCCAAGAUGGCGGCAACCCGCCAGCACACACUGGCGCAGCUUGAGCGCUACGGGUUGUCAGGCGCCAGCCCUCUCCUCAACACCGGCUGCUCUCCUACUUUAACCCAGCUCAGUCUGUUGGGCAACACUCAGGUGGACGACACGUACAAACAGCUGAAGCAGGACCUGGAGUAUCUGGACUUGAAGAUCAGAGCUCUAGAGCCCCUUAUCCUCGCAGUUCACAGUUUGCUACUACACUGCACUGCUGGGCCUCUCAGGCCUCUAAUGACCGUAGCCGGAGGUCGAGCACUAAAAGAGUCAGGGAAGCCCGUCAAGGUUGCAGAGAGUGAUGUGGAUGUAAAACUGAGUCGAUUGUGUGAGCAAGACAAAAUUUUGAAGGACUUGGAAGUGCGGAUCAGCUCCCUAAAGCAGGAUAAGGACAAGCUGGAGAGCGUGCUGGACGUGUCCCACCAGCAGAUGGAGAUGUUUCAGGAGCAGCCAGCCCAUGUGAACAAGAUCGCAUACCAGCAGAGACUCUUGCAGGAAGACCUGGUCUCUAUCAGGGCCCAGAUUUCCCGACUAUCUACGGAAAUGACACAAUCCUGGGUGGAGUAUGGCUGGCUUGAGAAUUCGGUAGAGCAGUUGAGGGCAGCGCUCCAGGCCCACAUGAACCAAAGCGCCACCACACAGCAAGAAAAGAUGGAAAUAAAGCGUGAGCUAUGGAGGAUCGAGGACGUGAUGGCAGGACUCAGUGGCAGCAAAGCCAACUAUAAAGUCACCAUCGACUCUGUGCAGAACCCAGAGAGGAAGUUAGUGCCUUGUGUGUCAGAGCCCAGCGUGCCUUCUUCCAGCUCCGAUGUCCAGCCGCCUCCUCGUUCCACCAUCCCAAUCGUCUUCUCACAAACAUUGCCUCACAACUUUGUGCCAAAGUGGGCAGAGGAUGACGCGCCGCCCCGACCUCCACUCCCUCGCCUGUACGACUACGAGGAGACGCCGCCUGCUGUGCCUCCGUUGCCCAAAGAAGCUUCGGCGGUCAUCCGCCACACGUCGGUGCGAGGCCUCAAGCGGCAGUCUGAUGAGAGGAAGCGAGACCGAGAGGGCGGACACUAUGUUCUCAAUGGGGAUUGUAAGACUGACUUGCGUUCGUUCCUGAGUGAACCCGAGCUACCAGCCAUCACUCACCAAAAUACUGACACGGAGUACUACUAUCCUGACCAUAAAAGUCUGUCGGGCGCUUCGUGGCUGACGACGAACCAGUCAGAUGCCGUGUCGUCCUUCGUAACGUUGAGGAGAUGCCCUGGCACCACCGGGGACCGGGAGCGACCCAAGAGUGCCCUGGAUUGUUUAUCCUCCGAGUACCUAGGUGGUACGGCCCCUCCCCAGCGUAGCGGUCGGAUGAGCGCCGAGGAGCAGCUGGAGCGAAUGAAGCGCCACCAGAGGGCGUUAGUGCGCGAUCGCAAAAGGAACCUCAGCCAGGGCGAACGCUCGAGCGCCCCGCCGCCCGCCCCCGUGUUUGAUUGGCAGGAAGAGCGUCCCAGGGCCGAAGGUCAAAGCGAUGAAGGUCACAAAGAGGGAGAAGGACAGUGGGUCACGGCCAAAGCCAUUCUGAUCCGAGAAGCGGACGUGGAGCCUCUAGACUACGACUUUGACAUCAGCAGAGAGCUCUCCAAGCCACAGAAGGUUUCCAUUCCGGAGCGUUAUGUGGAGUCUGAUCCGGAGGAGCCUCUGAGCCCGGAGGAAGAGGAGGAGCGAAGUCGACGCACAGAACGUAUCAGGAAACUCCUCAGCAAGUCCAAUGCUCAGAAUUUGCAGUCGGCAUCAUUGGACUUUAGCGAGCUUGACUCGGUUCUCCAACAGCAGGAGAAGAUCAUGAAUGUGUCGCAGGCCCUCGCUUCACAGGCGUCAAGGAAGAGCAAAUUGGUGGCAGGUUUGUACUGA